UGUUGCAGUUCACCUUCAAAGACAGCAGCACGUUGACACUGGGGUUGGUGGGAUCUGGGAGGACGUUACCCCAAUAAUCUACAUCCUUGAGGGCCCACCAGCUAAAAUCAGAAUGGAAGCGCAAGGUGAAAAACCACUCAGCUGUGGGACAAUUUGUCUAAAAUAUCUACUUUUUCUCUUCAACAUUCUGUUUUGGCUGGCAGGAGGGGCUGUGCUGGCAGUGGGAGUGUGGACUCUGGUGGAAAAGAGCGACUACAUCAGUUUACUGAACUCCAGCUUCUACUCAGCCUCAGCUUAUAUCCUGAUAGCUGCCGGGGCCAUUGUGAUAGUGACCGGGGUCAUCGGAUGCUGUGCCACUCUGAAGGAGAUGAAGAGUCUUUUGAUUGUGUAUUUGGUCUUGCUGCUCAGUAUUUUCCUGCUGGAAAUCAUUGCUGGUGUGCUGGCUUACAUUACCUACCAAGAGCUGGAUGAGGAUCUCAGACAGAAUCUGAAGGUGACCAUGCAGCAGAAAUACCAGCAGCCGGGGGAGGAGAGCGUCACGCAGGCUGUGGAUAAACUUCAGCAGGAGUUUAUGUGUUGUGGCAGUCACAACUCCUCAGACUGGAGCAACUGUGUGUGGAUCCAGGCACCAGAAAAUGAGCGGCUUGUUCCUGAUAGUUGCUGUAAAAGUCCCAGUGACAUGUGCGGCCGCAGGGACCACCCUUCCAACAUCUACAAGGUGGAGGGGGGCUGCAUUAUAAAGUUAGAGGAGUUCAUCCUGAACCAGUUGUAUAUUCUCGGUGCAGUGGGCAUUGGGAUUGCAUUUCUACAGCUUGUGGGGAUGAUGUUCACUUGCUGCCUAUAUCAGAAUUUGAAAGAAGAUCCGUACUGAUUUUUGACUUUGUUUAAUAUUGCAAAAUGAACGAAUUGUAAAAUGUUUGGGGAGAUGUUUUUAAUGCACCAUUUAUUCACACAGUUCUGAAUGCUGUUACCAAUUCAAAAUGAUAUAAUGGUUUUCAAAAUACACACAAGUGAUGCUGCUGUGCAGCAAUGUCCUUUUUCUGCAAAGUACCACUGGAUGCUUUAAAUAUAAUCUUUUAUGGUAACAUUAUUUAAAAAAAACACAUUAUAAAGAGCAGAGAAAUAUGAGCAUGCUGUGGCUACAUUUACAAUCACUUUUGGUUUCGUUGUUAUCUAUUUUUUUAUGUAUCUUGUGUACCAAAAUUGUAAUUAAAUGUUAAUUAUAAACUAUAAAAUGUGUUUCCUGCAGAAAAUGUGUGUGAAUGCUGAAAAGCUAAAAAACUGACGCUAAGCUGCAGUGCUGGCCUAAAUGUGUAAGAAGGUGUCAGGGAAAAGUGGGAAUCUAUUAGUAAUAAUGUCAUUGAAAAGUUGAAUAAUGCCAAUAAUUUAGUAGGCUAUGUGUAAUAUGUGUGUACAGUAUGUAUAGUCAAUGUACUAUGUGUGUGCAGUAUUUAUAGUAUGUGCAUUAUAUGUGUAUAGUAUUUGUAGUUUGUGUGCACAGGAGUUCUUUACACAGAUAAUGUUAUUGAUAAUGAUAGCCCUAUUAGAUUCGAUUGUCUUCAGUCAGAGAGUUCAUAAGCCCACUUGUUGUUUUAACCACAACCUCCAGCUUGCUCUGGCAUACAGGAUUGAAAUCGAACAUUUAAUAGUUUUCCACAUAAUCCUGUUUUAUCAUACAAUUAUUUAAUA